UAGGGUUCUAGAUUAAAAUAUCUUCUUCUCUCUCACGGGUUUAGGGUUUUAGGGCAUUUCGAUGCCUUUGUAGGGAUGGAAAAUGCUCUAGGCGCCAUCGCUUCCUCCAUUCCUCUCUCUUCAUCUUCGUCUUCCGCUGCUACAUUCGUUUCCAGGAGCCGGAUUUCGCUCCCGGGAGGAAGGCGUCCAAGAAUGAUGCUGAUGAGGUCGAUCGAUGCCAGGGUCUCGACCGACGCGGUGAGCAGCGGCGCGUCGCCCGGAGAUGACAGGCUUCCGGGGAUUUACGAUAUGGUGAUGGUCGGCAAGACCAAGCCUCGAUGGCAAAGAGUGCUUCUUAAGGUUAGCGGUGAGGCUUUGGCGGGAGAUGGCACGCAGAACAUCGAUCCAAAGCUGACCAUGUCGAUUGCAAGAGAGAUUGCUUCAAUGUCUCGUCUUGGCAUUGAGAUUGCCAUGGUUGUAGGCGGUGGGAAUUUUUUCCGGGGAGCAAACUGGGCCGGUGCCAGUGGACUCGAUCGUGCCUCGGCAGAUCAUAUCGGGAUGAUGGCCACAGUCAUGAAUGCGAUUUUCUUGCAAGCGUCGCUCGAGAGUGUUGGAGUGCCUACUCGUGUCCAGACCGCGUAUCGAAUGGCAGAGGUGGCCGAACCUUACAUAAGGAGGAGGGCAAUGAGGCAUUUGGAGAAAGGCAGAGUCGUCAUUUUUGGUGCUGGCACGGGCAAUCCAUUUUUCACAACUGAUACCGCUGCAGCGCUUCGAGCCGCCGAGAUAAAUGCUCAAGUUGUGCUCAAAGCAACGAAUGUGGAGGGUGUCUACGACUGUGAUCCCAGGAAGAACUCCUGCGCCAGGCUCUUGGAUCAUGUCUCUUACCGUCAAGUGGCAGCCAUGGGCCUCAACGUCAUGGAUCUCACUGCUAUAACACUCUGCCAAGAGAACAGCAUACCAGUGGUGGUUUUCGAUCUGAACAAGCCUGGAAACAUCUCCAAGGCUCUUAGUGGCGACCGGAUUGGAACUCUUGUAGACCACAUUGGAAGCUCGGUGGUCUCCGAGUUAGACCGGCUUUCCGAUCUUCAGCAGGUUACAUAAGCUAUUUCCUUGUCGCUCUUGCAGAUGUUCUUCAAUCUGUUUGUAAUGAGAAGAAGAACGACGUUGCUUUUGCACGAAGGUUGACCACUUGUGCGUGUGAUUCUUCCUCCGAGGCCGCGUUUUUCUGGUUAGCACGUUGACAACGUGCUUCAACAGCCCCACGAGACGAUAGAACAUGGCUCUCGCCAGAGUUUCGGGUCAUUCGUCCAUUCAGCCGCUGCUUUUCUUCUCGGAUGCUCCGCGCUGCAAAGUAAAAAAAAUGACUUCUCGGAUCCAGUUUAAACGGACCACUCAAUCAAUGCAUCGGUCGUGCAGCAGCAGUCCAUCACAGGAUGCAUCAGCUAAACAAACAGCUCUUGCUUUACGUGGAGCGAGCGGUGAAGGUCAAAGCAGCGAGAUUACCGCGGAGAUGUGGCACUCGGACAAGGAGACAGAACGAGGAAGAGCCCAAGGCUCUGGCAGCAACGAACGAAGCCGAGCCAGUGGUGGGGAGCCAUCUCUCCUUGUCGGCUUGUUGCUCCCGGGAAUUUCCUAUCCUCAGUUCUGUGCUGCAAAGUCUGGCCAGAGCUGUUCGGUUUGGAUUGUACCGCAAGCCUUGAUUUCUCAUGCGUAAUCGAGGAUUCGUAGCAUGUGAGCGAGAAAGAGGAAUCCAGGCGGAUACAGUGAAGCAAAGCCGUGUUUCUCUCCAUCGCUUCUGUUCUGGACAACGAAAACGAAACGAGAGAUUCGUCCAACACGCAAGAACAACCAAACUCGAACAGGCGUUCGUUCCUGUUCUAGCAA